GGCGCCGCCGUGGGGCUCACCUGCUGCCCCUGCACGUGCGCUGCGGCCCGGGUCCCCCUGCCCCGUAUACGCGGCGGCGGCUCCCCUCCUCCUGCCCUGCGGUGCCCGCUGGAGGUCACGGGGAAUAAUCCCGGCUUAAUCGCCUUUCUCUUCCCGAGCAAGGGAAGGCGGCGCCGCGUCCCCCGGGACAGCCCCGGGCCGCCGGCGCCACGCCCUGCCUUGCCUCGCCGCCCUCCGCGGAGCCGCAGGGAGCAGAGCCGGGCCCCGCCACGCGCGCAGCCGGCCACGGGUGCGGGAGGCCGCCCCAAGGGUCAGCAAUCUUUUAACUAAUAGCAGGCUGAAGUCAGGGGCAGAUCCAGAGGGGAAGCAGUGGUGCCGGCACACCCUCCCAUCUCCUUUUCAACCAUGCUGUUAGAGCAGCAGUCACCAACUUGUCAAACAAGAUAGCUGUAAGUAGUAGAAACAAUAAAGAGAGAUCCAUCUCACUGCGAUGCUGAACCGUGAUGACCAACUCCAGAGUUUUCGAUAGAAAUUGAAUAUGGCUUAGCAGGACUGAUCUUCAGAGAACUAAUGAUGUCCUCAGGUACCAGGAGCCGCAAGAACCAGCAGGCUCUGAGCCUGCAGGGGGUUGACCCAGAAACAUGCAUGAUCGUGUUUAAAACACACUGGGCACAGGUUGUGAAAAUCUUAGAGAAGCAUGACCCUUUGAAAAACACUCAGGCAAAAUAUGGGGCGAUCCCACCUGAUGAGGCCAGCACUGUGCAGAAUUAUGUGGAGCAUAUGCUCUUCUUAUUAAUUGAGGAGCAAGGAAAGGAUGCCUCAAUGGGGCCCAUCCUGGAGUUUGUGGUCACAGAGAACAUCAUGGAGAAGCUCUUCCUUUGGAGCCUGAGGCGGGAGUUCACUGAUGAGACAAAAAUUGAACAGCUAAAGAUGUAUGAGAUGCUGGUCAUGCAGUCCCAUCAGCCUUUGCUGCACCACAAGCCAAUUCUGAAGCCUUUGAUGAUGCUGCUGAGCUCUUGCUCAGGAACAGCCACACCAGAUGUGGAGGUGGAGCUGGUUGUCCUGCUGAACCAACUCUGCUCCAUCAUAGCCAAAGAUCCCUCCAUUUUGGAACUGUUUUUCCACACCAGUGAAGACCAAGGAGCAGCCAACUUCCUCAUUUUUUCCCUUUUGAUUCCUUUCAUUCAUCGAGAAGGAACAGUAGGCCAGCAGGCUCGUGAUGCUUUGCUCUUCAUAAUGGCCCUGUCUGCAGAGAAUAAUGUUGUUGCAAAUCACAUAGUAGAAAACACAUAUUUUUGCCCGGUGCUUGCAACAGGACUGAGUGGCCUCUAUUCGUCUUUGCCUACAAAGCUGGAAGAAAAAGGAGAAGAAUGGCACUGUCUGCAGAAAGAUGACUGGCUUUUAUCCCCAGCUCUUGUCCAGUUCAUGAAUUCCUUAGAAUUUUGCAAUGCAGUAAUACAGGUGGCACAUCCCUUAAUUCGUAACCAGCUUGUGAAUUACAUUUACAAUGGGUUCCUGGUGCCAGUAAUGGCUCCUGCACUCCAUAAGGUGACUGUGGAAGAGGUGAUGACCACAACCGCAUACCUAGACCUCUUUUUGCGUAGCGUUUCAGAGCCAGCUCUGCUCAAGAUUUUUCUCCAUUUUAUCUUGUUGCACCAGCAUGAAAAUGUACACAUCCUAGACACACUUACAAGCCGGAUCAACACCCCAUUUCGGCUCUGUGUGGUAUCUUUGGCAUUGUUCAGAACACUCAUUGGCUUUCAUUGUGAAGAUGUGAUGUUACAGCUAGUUUUAAGAUACCUGAUCCCAUGUAAUCACAUGAUGUUGAGUCAAAGAUGGGCGGUGAGGGAAAGAGACUGUUACUCUGUAUCUGCUGCAAAACUACUGGCUCUGACACCAAUCUGCUGCUCUACUGGGAUCACAUUGACUCUUGAAAGCCAAGCAAAAGAUUACAUCCUCUGGACAAAGGCUGCGCACAGUGCUGGCUCUUGCCCAAGCCCUUCUGAAUCCACGUGUAUUGUAGAAUAUGGAAGAGCUGUGGACAUCAGUUACCUGCAGUACCUGUGGGAAGCUCAAGCCACCAUCCUCCAGUGCAUGAAAGACUGCAGGGUUUGGUCUUCCCCAUAUGAUGGGGAAAACCCUGACCCAGACACUUUUAUUCAAACGCUGGCUGAGGAAAACACUAAAAAUGUGGAGCAGACCAUGUUCCGACUCCAGCAGAGAAGUUCCAGCAACUGCAGCGCCUCUCAGAUGACUCCCAUGGGAGAAAAGAUGCAAUUGGAGCUGGAAUGGGAUGACAGCUAUGACACAGGAAUUUCUCCUGGAUCUGAUGUGAGCUCACCCCAGAAUUAUGAUGAUCUAGGAAGUGGAGAGGCACAGCCACCUGCAGAGCCACCAAAGCACAUUCAAGAGAUGAAGAAGAAUGCAAUCAUGCUCAUCAAAGGGUCUUAUGUAGAGGAAUCUGAUUUUCAGGAUGAUGUCAUGAUUUACAGACUUUGUGCCCAAAAGGAUGCUCAGGAUAAUGACAGCUCCAAAGAGAAAACUUUAAAUACAACCAGAGAGUCAAAGAAAACAGUUCAAAGCCUGUCUUCUGAUAAUGGGCCUCUCACAAAGCCUCAGUCGGAUGGAGACUUGGAGGAACGCAAUAAGAAAAAUUCAGGCUUAACUCUUGAUGUAACAAAGGAAAAACCAAACCAGGAGACUGCUGAAGUGCACCCAAGGCCAAAUUUAGAGCUGAAGCUCUCUUCUCAGGAAGCAGAUCAUAAUUCAAACAUGAGGCUGCUAAGUCCAGACAGUGAGGAUUUAAUUAUACAAUAUGACAAAAUUAUUAAAGAACUAAAUUCUAAUACUACGGGCUUGGAAGAGGAACAGAAGUUGGUGAGCUUUGAACCUUUAUCUCCAGCAGAAGAGGAGGAGGACUUUGAGAAUUUCUCAGCAGACACUCCCUCUGCAGAAAGCAUACCAUCUCCAUUUGGAGCAAAGGAGGAUGCUUCUUCCAAGCAUUAUUCACGGAGCCAGAAUGCUCCAUUUACAGGACCAUUUAUCAGUGUAGUGCUGUCAAAACUGGAGAAUAUGCUGGAGAAUUCAUUACAUGUGAACUUGCUGCUCAUCGGGAUUAUUACUCAGCUGGCCAGUUACCCUCAACCUCUCCUUCGUUCCUUUUUACUCAACACCAAUAUGGUGUUUCAGCCUAGUGUACGGUCAUUAUAUCAGGUGCUGGCAUCUGUGAAAAACAAAAUUGAACAUUUUGCUUCCAGUGAAAAAGACUUUCCAGGUCUUCUCAUGCAGGCCCAGCAGUACUUGCUUUUCCGAGUGGACGUGUCUGAUAUGACUGUGGAGUCACUGACCAAAGGUAACAUCCAGCACAACAGUGGCACAGGGAAAGGAAGAAAUCUUUCUGAAGCUUCCCAAGCUGUGCUCCAGCCUUUCCUGGGACAUAAAGCAAAGAAAGCAACAGCUCUUCCUGGCAUUCCCAUGCACGUGAGGAAUGCCAUCCUUGCAGCUGCCCUCUUCCCCGAGUUCCUGAAGGAAUUGGCAGCUCUUGCCCAGGAACAUUCCAUUCUAUGUUACAAAAUCCUGGGGGAAUUCGAAGAUUGUUAGCAAUGUUGUUUUUACGGAUUUUUAAAAGCUUUUAAAGUUGGAACAGUUUUCAGUGCAAAGCUGCUUAUGAAAGAAAUUCCUACUGGGAUAUUUCCUGACAAUACUUGAUUGGGGGACAAGCUGGGGGUGGAAGGGAAUUGGGCCUUAUGAUUUCCCACUGUGCAACAUGCUUACCUGGUGAAGCUCUUUUAUAUCAGCUUUGGAUUGUUCUUCCCUUCUCUGCACCCACAUCCCUUCCUUUACCUCACUGCUCCCAUUUUCAUUUCUGCUGUAAAUGCUCUUGGAUGGGUUAAAUAAGGCAAAUGUUCUGACUUUUGCCGUUCCAAAAAUCCGCUUCUUGCAUAUUCUGCUUCAAGACAUUUUUGGUCUGGGAAAAAGUAGUUGCCCAGUGGGAGAUGUACCUGAUACAUAAAUACAUAGGAAAACUGCACAAAACCCUCCAAUCAGCUUUUUUUCUGCAAAAGAUCAAGGUUUGCAGAAGAGGGGGAAGGGGUGUUUGUUUCUGGAUUUGCUUUUCUUUUUUUCUAAGGAAUGUCUGCAGACACAUCUCUCAAGCUUCCCCUCCUCCCACGGCUGGUGUUGUGAAUCCAAGCGUCCUUCUGUGUGUUCUGACUAGCUGAAAGCAGGUGCUCUACCCAACACAUACGGUAUUGCCUUAUGUUGCAGGCAACUCUGCAGCUAUCAGCUGUUGGUCUUUGAAGUCAAAUGAACUGUGUAAGUGGAUGUGGAGUGCAGACUGCAUGGAAUUUUCCUUGCAAUUUCUCAGCAGUCUUUGAUAAGUACUGCAUUGCUACCUAUACACCCAAGCAAGCCUUAUUUAGUAAGAUUUGCACAAAGUACAAAGCAAAAUGUUUCUAUGCAAGCUGUAACUAAUUUUUAGGAGAUAUUUGUACGCUUAUGUUAAUAAGCUAAAGAAAAGUAUUUGUUAUCUUUCAGUAUCGUUAAAUGGGGAACAGUCUAUUUUUGUUAAGUAGUACUUUUAAUGAAAAGGACAGCUAGCCUCUAAAAGCUGUCUUGUAUUUUUUUAAUGUCUUUCUGGUUGAGGGAAAGCUGAAUGUAACACUAAACACUGGUUAUUUAUUUUUUAAGUUACGUGUUAGUUUUUCCUAAUAUUGCACUUUUGGGGAGGAAUGUUUUGUUUGCUAGCUACUGGAGAGGAAGAACAUGGGAAACUGUCUGCUGGUGACUAACUGCUUAGGAAAAUUCUCUUCAGUGAGUAAUGGGGUUCAUUAGAAGAACCCAGACAUGAUGAAUUGGUGCAUCACAGCUGCAUUUCAUCUUGCUCUUCAUGGAGUAAUUGUGCUUCGAGUUCUGUAGUUGGUUCUACAUAAAGAGGGGUUCAGUUUGUGAAGCCUCAAGUCCCCUUUAUACUGUCAGGAAACUGAAAACAAACCAAAAAACAUGCAGAAACAAGAGCUACUUGAAGAAAUUGGUUCUGUUCCUGUUACAAUUCCCCAGAACAACCCUCCUUCCCUCUGCACAUACUAAAUAAUUUCCCCAGCUUCAGGCAUGUCUCCAAAGAGGCUACACUUGAAAAGCCUAAGGUAACAAGGAACACGAGGUGAUAUUCAGAAGCACCUCACUGAUUUAGGAGCCAUACUUCCAUUGACAUUCAGUGGGACUCAGGAGCUGCAGUCAAUUUUGUACUUCUGAAGACUACCCACCACCUGUAGCUGGGGGGGGCGUGUACACUUCAAUUUCUGUCUGCAGGGCAUACUUGGUAAAUGUCCUCAGUGUGGCUGUGCAGACUGCCUGCAAGAGCUAUCCUGGUCUGCCUUCUAUUGAUCUGUUUAGAUCUUUCUAUUGCACUCAGUUCUGUGGGACUAGAACACCAGCUUCCCUGCCCCUCUACCCUAUUGCAUUAGCACUGCCUUGUAGUUCUUUGGGGUCAAGCCACUUCAGCGGCUUUUCUUCCCUGCUGUGCCUGUUCUGGGGAUCUCUCGCCAUCUCAGCUGUAGUUCCACUAAACCAUGCUCUGGCCUCCAAGCUUUAGAUGUUUACCCCCCUCCCCACUGCAGCCAUCCACUUCUCCAUUUACCAGCAGCUAGAAAUUUGGAGGAGAUUGUAAUUUCUUAUCCAAUUUUAAUUUGCAAGUGGGAGGGUUCUUCAAGCCCCUUUCUCUCUUUACCACUGGGCAAGCACCAACCUUUGGUUCUCUUCCCUUAUCUUAGCAGCUAGGUCCCUGACCCCACAUAUUCUCAGAAGAGCUGUGGUUCUUGCUUCUGCUCCCAGAAGCUGGGCCUAGAGAUAGACAAGUGAAACAUCACUUUCUGCAGGCAACAUACCAGCCUCAUCUGGGCAGGGCCAGCGCCUGUAGAGUUCCCUAACCUCUGACCUGAUCUGCCAGCAUGCCACCAAGCUUACGUGAGUACAGGGAAGUUAACCAAAUCAAUUACUAAGCAAACUUCAGUAAAUUAAAACUAAGUUGUGGGUUCAUUUUUAACAUGGCGAUAAUGCUAAAGAUGUGGGUAUGAGGAAGGCAAUUCUCAGUUUCCUUGUCUCUAACCAGAACUUUCACUGUUUUCGAGUGUGAACUGUUGGGGUGGGGAUAGUUUCCACUGGAACUGUUUAUUUUAAAUAGUCACUUUUUAACAAAUGUGCUAAUACAUGACAAUAACCUGCUUUGCAGGCAUAAUAAGGUAGAUGGAGAUCUUAAAAUGUGGACUGCACAGAAUGUAUCUAAGCAAUUAUUCCAGCCUGUUGAAUAAAGCCAAGUCUACAUUACAAAAUUGUGGGGUAGGGGUGUGAAAAAUUAACAACCCCUAGAUGACGUGGGUAUGCUGGCAAAACCACUGAUGUGGCCACACACAGCACUGGUGAUGGAAGAAGGGCAUUUGUCAGCUUAGUUCCGUGUUGGUUAGAGGUAGUGUAGUCAUGCUGGCAGGAAAAACCUAUUCUGUUAGUAUAUGUUAGCUUUUCACAAGGGGAGGCUCUGCUGAGAUAGCUGUGCUAGCAGCGCUGUAGCAACAGAUGCUCUGUUGUGGAGGCAAGGCGUAAGCAAGCAUUUAGAAACCUGUGUCAUGCCAUGUUGGAGAACUCUUACUGACAGGUUAUUGCAGUGGAGGUGCACAAAGCCCGCUUUCUGUCAACCUCCUAAAUGAAACAACCAUAUUACGGACUUGACUGUUCACUUGGCAAUUUACAUUUUUUUUGAGGUUUGCAUCUGAGAACUUCUACUCCACCACUGUCCAGAUAAAGAUUUCAUAUGUCAUAUUCAUUGCCUAUAAUUUGUUUAGACCAGAAGGCAGGGCUUUAACCAGGAUGGACACGCUAAAAUGAUUGCUUCCAUCACUGAGGAAAAUUCUAGCUGGUGUUGAAUCUUCCUCCUCUCUUCAAACAAGAGAAGAGCAAAGUACAUAUUUUUGUUUCAUAUAAUAUUUUGUUUUUGUUUUGUAUAGAGCCUCUGAGAUCAAUAAUUUUUAUGGAAAUUCUUCACCCACACACUGUUUAAUGGGCUACAUCCGUCAGACUGGACUGGUUUGUAAGAGACAAGAGAUUUGAGAGAGAGUGAGAGUGUGUGUGCAUGUGCAUGUUUGUGUAAGGCUUGCCUUCCUCCAGUAUAUCUCGAAAUAUUCCAUCAAAGUGCCUACGGUCUACAAAUUGCUUUUAGUGCUUACUAUUUCACUGGAGUUUGUUAUAUUUUGCAGUGAAGAUUGGAUGCCUUUGUGCUAUGCAGUUGUGCCUGCUUGGUGAAUAUUUUGCCUGUUUGGAUGAUUUUGAGUGGGAAGAGGGUUGCUAGGUGUUAAGACAGAAACUUACCUAAGUCACCAGUUCCAUUCUAGACAGUAAUGGCUAAAAGCUGCUCUGACUGGUUUUUGGUCUGCGUGCAGCAAAAUAAAUGGUUUGUCUGCUGUCUUGGAACAAUGAAGCCACAAUGUGAAAAAAACAAGUUCAGCAGAGAACAAGGAUGUAGAUUUGAGUUGCCCUUUUACCCCUAGAGGGAGAUCUGCCAACAGAGGGCUUCAGCUUGCACCUACCGACAGAGAAUUUCAGCUUCCAGUAGGAUCAGUUCACCACUCCCCAAGCACUGAAAUCACAGGGGGAAAGGAAAAAACAGGAGCUGCCUUAUUCAGUAGAGUUAAAUUAUGUGAUUGCAUUUACAGUAUUAUUUGAAUUGUAGCCAUAGUUCCUGUUUGAGGGCAGCUUGAUUUAAUAUGCAAUUUACUGUGCUGUAUUUACUGAAAUUGCUAUGUCAUGCCUGCAGUUUUUAUGAAGGCUACAAUUACAUUUGUAACAUUUAUACUGCAGCUGCAGCGGAAAAGAGUGUGGUAUUCUUUAACCAUAUUAGCUCCAGCACCAGACACUAAUGUCAUGUCAUCACGGUGUCCAGAUUUGAUUUAGAUAAUUACAAGAUGUUCUUACUUGUAGCUUUUGGGUCUCAUCAGCAAAAAAACCAAAACAGAUCGAACACACUGCCAGUACCAUGUAUGGUAAUUACCAGGAACAGUUGAAAUAAUUUGGGUUGAGAGUGGGGAGCUCCCCUCCACGUGAAAUGCAGAGAAAGCUUAAACUUGUAUCACCCCAUUUGUGCCACAAAGCAAUUUUUAAAUAGGCAGGAGUAUUCUGCUAUAAUCACCCAAGCCGUGAUGGCAGUGCUGUGUUAAGAUGUAGUGUUUUUUGGACCAUUACUGUAAGAAGAACAUACAAAGGAGGGUGAAAAUUGCCUCUGCUAGUAUAAGGUCAGAUAUUUUUCCAUAUGUAGGUUUGCAAAUAAGGGGGGGGGGGGGGCAGGCAGGGCAAGAGGGGGCUGGCAAUGGAAUCCAAUAUGGUAAUAAUUUGUAACUUCAUUAGCUGUGAAAAGUUCACUCUGAUAAAAAGCACCUUUUUCAGGGAGCCCCUGCUUUUCUAGGCAUGUGACCUAGCAUAAAUAUGUUUUCUGUUUGAAGCUUCUGGCUUAUGAAUAGGAGUAUUACAUCCGCUCUCAAAUACAUAUGCGCUUACACCAGGUUUUUGAUCCUAAUGCCUCCUCAGAGCUGUCAGGAAGCCAUUACUGCUGACGGUGCAAAUCUUCCUUUUGUUCAUUGAUUGUAAUGGUUUGUGUGUGGCAGCUGGAUUAAAUUAAGCCCCAAGUUUGUGGGCUAAAAGUCUUUAUGGAACUUUUGUGCAAGGGUUGCAUUUCUGAACCAAAUAAGUUUCCUUUUAACUUUGACCAAGUGCCCAUGUACAAUUGCCUGUUGUGGACUAACUACCUGCAAACUUGGGUUUUUGAUGUAGCAGCUUCCAGAAGAAUUUGAUAUCACUGUAUUUUAUUGCACUCUACUUUAACCCGACCAGAUCCAAUUGGUUAUUUUUAACCCAGGACCACUAAAUCUUGUGCAGCCCGCUGCUGUCCUGACAGCUUGGCUGGAGCCCAGGCAUAAUGCUGUUUCAUCUGUAAAGAAGCAGGUGUGACCCAAGUCUCAGCAUUCAUUGCUUCAGGGUGAACCAGGAGGCCAUGUCUUCCCUGGUCACCUCUCUGUUAACAAUGAGCGACACUGUGUUGCUAUCUUCUUGCUAUCUACUUCUUCAGCCUCAGUGUAAUGUGAUAGUACAUUAAUAUCAACUUGUGUUUAAAGAAACUUUUCCAGCUCUUAAGAUUAAAGCAUCUUGCAAAUGUGACUGCCAAAAGCUCAAAAACUGAAGGCAAACAAAAAAGUGAUUGAUUAUCAUGCAUUUUGGAAUCUAGGCAGACAUAACAAUUGUAGUAGCAUCAGAGGAUACCCAUAUAAGCUUUUAAUAUGUACUGCUAUAUCUGCAUACUCCUGAAGAUAUACAAGUGUAGUAAAACCACUCCAACUUUAACCCCGCAUCAUUCAGGAGCAAAGUCAGGGUGUUAUAGCACUUGUACCACUAUGUAAUAGCGUAACAGCUGCCACAGGUCCCAAGCAGCAUCUACCUCAUCGUCUUUUGAAGAGGCUAAAAAAUACCAUUUGUCCAUAAUUUUAGUGUAAGAUUGGCUGCAAAAAAAAGGGCCCUCCAUCUUCUCUUCACAAGAGAGAGACCCAGCGUGUGGGUUGUGGCCAUGCAUGCAACUCAGCAUGGGUUCUUUGGUUAAAUCCAUGGAUGUGCUGCCACUGUUUUUAACAAGGAAUAUCUCUAGCCAUGAAGUCAUACAGCCCAUCCCUGUGCAGCUGGAUUUUCUGUAACUGCUGGAGAGGAGGAAAGUAACGCGGUCGUGAUUGAGGAGGGGGGAAAUCUGCAUUCUUGUUACAUUCCAGCACUGUGCUCUGAGAGCAGGUAAUAAGGCAAGGGCGCAUGUGGCAGUGACAGGGAGGCAGCCACCUUGAUGUGGAUGUCCUUACUCAGCUGCUAUCCAUCAAAUAGCUACUAGGCAGUGCCAGCUUGUCCAUCUUCAAAGGCCACUACUUAGUUCUUGACAAGAGUCAAGCUAAGUGAUCUCUGGCAGUGACAAUUACCAGUACUUAGUGGGUGGGAAGAUGCCAUCAGAGGUGAACCACAUUAAAUCCUGCUUUUCCUUUCCCUGUUGUACGUGCCACACUUUAAAAUAUUGUGUCUACUUCCUAAAAUGGCUUCUCUCACUGACUCCCAGAACUGGGCACCUAACGGUGCUUUGCAUCUCCUGUUCACAUGUAGAGGGCUCCUAAGUUUUGAAGCUGCUUCAACACUCAAAGCUACAUCCUUGCCCUGUUCUACUUGUUGCUUCUUUGGUUGCAAAUCAGCUGUUUAGCUGUAUGUUUCACUGCCCUAAAAGACUCUCUAGCUAGUGUCAGAGGAGCCAUUCUUUGUUUCCUGCCCUCGGAGCAUGGGCAGCAGAGGGAAGUGCCUGGAAGGGUGCUGCUUAGUGAUCUAUAGCUAACAAUGUGGUGCAACUCAGGAACUGUUCUAAAUAGCAGUAGGGCUCCAAUCACAGCCUGAUACAGGAGUAGGGAAGCAAAGGUGAAUGUGAGCACCACUUGCCUGGAGCUGAGGACUUGGUAUUUUAUUGUCCAACUUAUAACAUUUAACUACAUUUAAUAAUACAGUUAUCCUCCUGAAGCUCUUAGCUUUCUGAGGCACUUGCACCUUAUAGCCAACCAGAUCCAAGUUAGCUCCUGCUAUAUUUGAAGAGAGAAAUCAUGACCCACUUGCUGCUGUAAUCUGGUUUUCUAUCACUAUUAUGUGAGGUAGAACAUAAUGAACUUUGUCUGAAGUGUUCCAAAACAGCAUUGCAGGGAAGGUGCAGAUGACAAGGGCAAAUGCAGUCGUGCUGUUCUGUCUUCUCCCUCAAGCAGCCUGAGAUCACAGCUGUAAAGAAAAACGAAUUGGGUUUUCACUCUGAAGAGAGAAGCUACUUUGCAUGUAUAGCAUACGCAGUAAGCCAUAAAUCACCGCAAAGCUGCUGCUAAGGUCUGUGACUGUGGAAGUGUGCAGAUUAGUGGGUGCUAAGAACAUUAUGCUAGAGUGACACCAGGGAAACUGCAACAGAGGAUACAGUGGAAAGGGGCUCUGACACAUUUACAGCUAAAAAAAGUUCAGUUGUGAAUUUUUAGUUAAAAAUAGAAGAAAGCACCAAAAACCUUAACAGGUUUAAAAUUAAACUGUACUAAAACUUUGGAGCCAAGAAAGCUGACGGCCUUUCAAAAGAUGCUCUUUCUUUGUCACUUAAAUGUAGUCAGAAAAAAAAUAUUUUGGCAGUUUUCUCCCUCUCCUACCUGCAAAUAUGCAGGAUGAGAUUUCUGCUAUGCAAGCAUAAUAAAUGCCACCUGCCAGAAGCUUUUACAGUCUAUCUCGUAAGAGCUCACAUGGUAAAGUACCUCUAUAUGCAUUGGGAUGAGAUUGUAAUGACUCAAUGCUUGGGUGUCAAUUUCUAUAUAGUGGAAGAAUUUUUCUUUUCUAAGCAGGAGGUGCAGAGGAAAUUUUCACAAAGGCUGUUAAUGCUGAAGAGCUGAAGGACUGUCCUUAAUUCACCCUCCCCAACUAGCAUAGCACAGAUGGCAUCUGCGAGCUCUGCUGAAGCUAAACGCAAUCAUUUUGAGUUAGGGUCAGAGCUUCCUGGUUGUGAUCUCAUAGCUUUUGGCCUGUGUACAAAGCUUAUGGCAUAUCAGCCUCCCCUGUACAUAGAGCCUUCUGGCACUGAGUGCUUCACAGGCCGUUUCUGCACCUUCUCCUGCUGGAACACCUAGCUAGGGCUUGUUUUUGCAUUUGUCUGUGUGAUGGCAGACUGAACAGCGUGAGGCUGAAUCAAUGUCUUCGACUGUCUUCUUUUCAGUAUCAUGUAUGCAUGCAGUGCUGUUUCGAGUGAUCAGGUUUGCCCCAAGCUCUUUGUUUGGGACUAGCUGAAAAUUUGUAUUUAAGUUGAUGUUAGACCCUGACAAGCAAAAGAAAAGGCACAGAAGCUCAAUCCUGUUAGGGUUUGUCCCUCACUCCUUAGAAAAUGUCAGGUACUCUUGAUGCAGUGCUAGCUGGCCACACAGCCCUUUCUGUUUAAGGUUAACAUGGUGAAUGCUUGAUAGCUGGCAUCUUAAAACAGUGCACGGCCUUUUCACUUAUGUUAAGCUAAAACAUGUCUGUCUAUCAAGAAAGGCCUUACACUUAUUUUAAUGUUCCUGUGCAGUGUUAAUUUUAAAAAUUCAGUGAGUGCUCAGUCCAUAAUAUGGUUGGAGGUUUAUAUACUGAAUCCCCUUCUCAGAUGGUAGUCAGACCCCCUUCUUAAAGCUUAUGUACUGUCUUGCUGGUUUGCCAUUGCCUCUGGCAGGUAGAGAAGACAGUAGAUUGAGAUUUACAGUAGUUACAUUUAAAGGAUUAAUGCUGUACAGACGUAGAACUGGUUCGUGAGUUGCUGUGGGGAUUUUGUACUAGAGUAGCCAAGCAAUUACUUAGAACAAAAUGGCUGAGAAAAGGUAGCCUUUAAAAAAAGGCAUUUACCACAGAUCCUUCUAGCUUAGAGUCUUUCAAAGUAUAAGAGUUUUUAAAGCAUAAAAAAGAUGAAACUUUUUAGGAAAGACUGUCACUUUUCUACACCAAGUUUAAAGUGUAUUGACCAGUAAAAUUCAACCUUUGUGCAUAUGUUCAGUCCUUGUGCCUAUGUUUCUUCCCACAACAGCAGGAGUUGCACAGCAUUAAUCUAAAAUUCAAAGCUUGUUGAAUAUUGUGGUUUGUCUCCUACCAUUCCGUGUGGGCUUUUUAAAAUGAGUUGAGACUUUCAUUACUUUGUUUAGGUUAAGAACAAAACAGGUGCCACUACGUAAAAUGGUAUCUUCACUCAUGUGAUGCGACUCAGGAUAGUAUACUCUGUUUUGGAUUCAGCUUAAAUGCACAUUUUUCUUUAAAAAGGUCAUUGUUUCUAGAAUUGAGAGGAACUUUCACCCUUUCCAGACAAGUCAAGUCAAUGUAAUGUUAAUGCUUUUUGUCAGCUGCACAACCUGUUAAUUAAAAGUUAUUUUUAUGAAGCAUGGGUAAAAUUUUAUUCAUUAAAUAUAUCUGAAAACUA